AUGGCUAUGGUGAGACGACUGACACGGAACGGACAGAACGGAGGACCAACAAAGACCUCGCUCGACCUGCGCCGCCAGAGCAACCUGCUCAACAUCCGCUCGGUGCUGGUGUCCUUGAGCAAGACAGCAUCGGCGCAAGCUUCGCUGCAGCUUCUCCGCGACAUGCGCGUGCUUGAAAUUGAGGCAGAUGCUGCGAGCCUCACAACAGUUGCGACUUCAUGCCGCCGCGCUCGGCAGUGGGAGCUAGGCAUCGACCUCCUACGCAGGAUGACUGACAGCUCCAUGGAGGUCGAUGAUGUUGCGGUCAACUCUGCCGUCGGCAGCACUGCCACAGGUGCGGGGAUGCCACUGUCACUGUGGCAGCACUGUCUGCGGUCGGUGCUCGGGCCCGAUGCGGCGGCAAAAGGUCAAGCUUGGCCGAUGGCAGCGGAUUUACUCCGGAGCGUGGCUUGCCGGCGCAUGGCCACCCAUGCUGCCAGCGCCACCCUGGUCUUGCACGUGGCGGGCUGGAAGAUGUCCUUGAACAUGCUCUUUUGGCUUCGGCGCAUUUCCAUGCAGAUUGACGGAGUCUUUCAAAACGUCCUUGCGGAUGCCAUGGCAAAGGCUGGGCAGUGGCGCCUUGCUGCGGCGACGGGCCUCGGUGCUGUUGGUGUUGCCGCCACAGUAGGCGGCCCAAAUGCGGGCUGCUGGCGUUUUGCUGCAGCAGCUUUUGCAAUACUGGCUGCCCGCCGCUGCGCCGAUGCAGUGAUGGCCAGUGCAGCCCUGGGCGCUGUGGCACGAGCCGAGAGCUGGCACCUUGCGCAGAUUCUGUUGCGCUUGGCUCCUGCGGAGCUCGUGGACCGCGUCACUUUCGCAUCUGCAGCCGCUGGUGCUGCAGCCGCAGGUUUACUCCAGUUUGCCCGCGAGCGUGGCCUGCAGCCGACCCAAGCCAUGGUCGCCAAAGUUGUGAAGGCCUCGACUUGGCUGCAAGCUCGCGAAAGUUUACAGCAGAUGAAGGCUGUAAAGAUUGCGCCGGAUGUGCUGGUUCAGAAUGCUGAGAUCAGCACAGGCAAAGCCGGUGGGAUGUGGCGAGCUCCUCUGCAGCUCCUGCAGCGCUUGGCUUGGGACUUUUGCCGUCCAGACGUUGCAAGCUGGAGCUCGGUCGCGGCGUCCUGCACUUCUGCAAAUUUUUGGAGCGUCGCCGCGGAGCUGCUUCGCAGCUACUCGGCCCAGAACCUGCAGACGAACGCCUUUCUUGUAACUUCCGCCACGUCCCGCAGCUGGACAAGGGCCUUCGAACUCUGCAAGGCAUGCCGGGAACCCUCGGUGACCAACUCUGCCCUUGGAGCUCUCGCCAGGCACGGACGCUGGCGGUUGGCAAUUGCCCUGCUGCACCGUGGCUUUUCGGUAUCCGCUGCUGAACCAGGAGACGAAAGAGAACGGGUCAUCGGCACCAACUCGGCCAUUGCGGCAUUUGUUGUGGAAGGGCCGUGGCCACGAGCGCUCGGCCUUGCUAGCCGCUGCUCCGAUGCGCUCGGGGGCUCAGCGGCCGUGGCUGCUGCGCACCACUGGAAGGUCUCUUUGACCUUGCUCUGGACGUUGCAGCGACAGUUUCACUUGGAUGAAGACUGUUUCAAUGCGGCCCUGAGAGUUUGUGCUCGGAGCUGCGAAGGAGCAAGAAAAGCGUUAUGGCUCUGCGACCAGUCGUGGAUUGCCGUCAAAAAUGGCAGCACUGGCAACCUUGAGCAGGCAGCACAGAUGGCUGUGGAUGCCUGGGGAGGCACUCUCAUGCGCGGCCACGACUGCUGCAUAAUGUUGGCACCACCGUACUGCUACACCAUGAAGACUGAUGUGUUUGACUUUGCGAUUCCGGUGCUGCUCUCACUGUUUGCAAUGCUGUUCGCAGCUGUUGCAUCCAAGUCUUGCGCACUUUGGGUUCGCCAACUUGGGCGGAAAGCUCCUGAAGAGCAGUUUCAUGGCAAAGAGCCACAACAAGGGCAGCCACAAAGUGCUGUCGACCUCGAGCAGAAGCUCCUAGCAAUUUGGGACCAGUCCUGCCUUGGCGGCAAGGGCGACCCACAAAAAGCUUUGCCCCGAUCUCGGGAGUGGGGCCGUGCAGCGGCAAACUUCUUCGCUACGAUGAAGCUUGCGUUUGACUUUCAGGCGGACAGCGUCUGCAACCAGUUCGAGCACUUGAUUUCCCUCUGGAGGUCCCAUGCUGCCAUAGUGACCGACCGAGCGAUUCAAGAUGCGGUAGAAAACAAAUGGAGGUGGGUCUCCGGCUCUCUGAGCGAGCAAUCCAAAGGAGGCCUCGACGUGGGGCCUUUUUGUGGGACCUUUGCGUACUCUCGCUUGGUCUGCAAUGCAUCCUGCUCAGAAGCAAUUUUGAAGCACUCAUCCAAUUCUCAGUGUUUCAGCAGCAGCGCUUCGUCCGCUGGCUUUGCGCAGAGCUUUAUUGUAGACUUAGAGUCGACCUGGUUUGCGACGCAGCAGCAUCAAGCCAUGGCCCCGGCGAGUGACAGUGAUGCCAUGGACCAACUGAUGGGCUUGGCCGCACAGUGCAUGUCAGAUGAGAACUGGACACUGCUAUUGAACGAUCGCCGAGUGAAGUUGGCGCAUCGGGAGUGUUCUGGACAUCGGCAGAUGGUGAGGCUUGUCAUAACACGAGUCGCCAUCCGUGACCCACCGAAGAAUCCCAGUCAUCUGCUGGUGCGGCCCGAAGUCAGAGCGCAGUACCAGAAGGAGAUUUCGCCGGUCUCCGGCCACAGCCUUGACCUUGUGGAGACCAAUGCGCCUGGAGAUGGCAUUUUCUGGCGCUUCCAGCAGUUUGGACUGCUGAAGCUUUGCUGCCUGUUUUUCGGCAGCUUGGCUGGAUCAUCUGCGAAUAGGUUCUUCUGCACGGAUACCCCGACGCUGGGGCAUCACAAGCUCAAGCGAGACUUUCCAGAACCCGGGGACUGCGUGUAUGCUGGACGAAUGGACAACACUCAAAUGGAAUGUGAUGGAGUUUCGGAGGGGGUCUUUAUCACCCGUCCCACAGCAGAUUCUUCCGAAUUCUCGGUGACAGUUAUGUUUGUUCUUCCUCAUGCGCAGUGGAAGUGGGCAGGUUGGGCUUUGCCGCACAUCAUGCGGCUAGCCCAUUUGGCCGAAAGGUGCAUCCAAUGGUUAUUGAACAGACCGGGUAUUGCGGAGCUUCGCCAGCUGGACGAGGAGCACUACAUUGUCCUAGCCCUUUCAUGCACCAAAAGGGGUCCCCCGCUACUUCCGGCCGGCAAGGACCCGGACCCCACGGAGUCGAUCGACAUCCAGGCCGGCGAAGCCAUUGGCUUCCCAAAGUGGCGACGCUUCACAGGAUCGGCCGGCGAACAGUUCAACUUGGCUCUCUACCUCCAAGACUUCAUGGCCAGUUUGGACGAAGACGUAAAGAUCUACAGCCAGAUGGAUGGCCGUCCACUAGUAUACUAUCAGUGUGCAAUCAAUCGCCGCGAUUGGCAUCAGGUACGUGAUCGGUUUCAACAGGUCUUCCACCUGCAGAAAGCAGCUUACCGUCGCGCAAACGGCGGCUCGAACGCCCCGAGCUUGACAGAGGAUGCUGUGCCACGAUUCGUUUCCAACAUUCGUCAUUCGAGAGACAAGCACUCUCCAGGACUUCCCCUGCAGAAGAUCGUGGUGCGCCGGACCUUCGUGGAGAACGUUUCUGAUGACGAGUCUGAGCUGGAGGACCUGGACUUUAUAACCAAGUCGAAAAGUGAGAUCGUCUGGAGAUCGGAACGAGUUCUGUCUUAG